CUGAAGCAUUCUCACCAAGGUAAGAAUCUUAUCUAGAGGCUAGCUUUGAUCCGAUAGAACAAUGCUUCAGCAUUCAAAAUCCAUCCUUUGACUCGUUCAUAACUCUUGGUUAGGAGAUACUGCUCUCGAUUCAACUCUUCUGGGGUUUUGACAUUUAGAAGUUUGAAGUUCUGCUUGGUUCUUUUUCUUCCGACAGAGAAUAGCGGCGGCUGUCGAAGUUGUUUGGAGAAAUUGAGAAACAAAAUUUAGGGUUCUGGAAAGUCAUCAUCUUUAGAAGUCUUUUUAUAUGAUUUAAUGGAACUCGCCUCAGUACUAAGGCAAUUGACGACAAUGCCCACACGAACAGAGCAAAAUGCCUCCAUGCUCAGAAACCUCUGUUUUGCUACUUCCCAUGGUCGAGAGAUGCAUCACUCUCUUGCAAACAUACGGCGUUUCAUCGCUAACGAAACUAAGACAAAUCCACGCUUUUUCAAUCCGCCAUGGCGUCUCAAUCGCUGAUGCCGAGAUGGGCAAACACCUCAUCUUCUACCUCGUAUCUCUUCCUUCUCCACCCCCCAUGUCUUACGCUCACAAGGUGUUCUCCAAGAUUGAGAAACCCAUCAAUAUCUUUAUUUGGAACACCUUAAUCAGAGGCUACGCCGAGUGCGAUAGCAACUACUCCGUCUCUGCUGUUUCUCUCUACCGUGAAAUGAAAGUAUCUGGUUUGGUCGAGCCAGAUACUCAUACUUAUCCGUUUCUUCUUAAGGCUGUGACGAAAAUGGCGGAUGUUCGUUUGGGAGAGACGAUUCAUUCAGUUGUUAUAAGAAGUGGGUUUGGUUCGUUGAUAUUUGCUCAGAACUCUCUGCUCCAUUUGUAUGCCAAUUGUGGUGACUUAUCGAAUGCUUACAAGGUGUUUGAUAAAAUGCCUGAGAAGGAUCUUGUAGCUUGGAACUCUGUGAUUAAUGGUUUUGUAGAAAACGGUAAACCAGACGAAGCUUUGGCGCUAUAUACUGAAAUGGACUCUAAGGGUAUCAAGCCUGAUGGGUUUACAAUCGUAAGCUUGUUGUCUGCUUGUGCCAAGAUUGGUGCUUUGACAUUGGGUAAGAGAGUCCAUGUAUAUAUGAUCAAAGUGGGUUUGACACGAAACUUACAUUCCAGCAAUGUUCUAUUGGACUUGUAUGCGAGAUGUGGAAGAGUCGAAGAAGCCAGAAUAGUUUUCGAUGAAAUGGUGGAUAAGAACAGUGUCUCUUGGACUUCAUUGAUUGUCGGUUUAGCUGUUAAUGGUUUUGGAAAAGAAGCGAUUGAGCUUUUCAGGGUUAUGGACUCAAAGGAGGGAUUAUUACCGUGUGAGAUCACAUUUGUGGGAAUCUUAUACGCUUGUAGCCAUUGCGGGAUGGUGAAGGAAGGUUUUGAGUAUUUCAGGAGGAUGAGAGAAGAGUAUAAGAUUAAGCCUAGGAUUGAACAUUUUGGUUGUAUGGUCGAUUUGCUAGCUAGAGCUGGACAAGUGAAGGAAGCGUUCGAAUACAUAAUGAAAAUGCCGAUGCAACCAAAUGUUGUAAUCUGGAGAACAUUGUUAGGAGCUUGUACCGUUCAUGGUGAGUCAGAUUUAGCGGAAUAUUCCAGACUCCAAAUCUUACAGUUAGAACCAAACCACAGUGGGGAUUAUGUCCUCUUAUCAAAUAUGUAUGCAUCCGAGCAGCGUUGGUCCGAUGUGCAAAAGAUAAGGAAACAAAUGUUAAGAGACGGUGUGAGAAAAGUUCCAGGUCACAGCUUAGUAGAAGUAGGAAACAGAGUUCAUGAGUUUCUUAUGGGUGAUAAGUCUCAUCCGAAAAGCGAAGAGAUUUACGCUAAGUUGAAAGAAAUGACUGAUAGAUUGAGAUUGGAAGGCUACGUGCCACAGAUUUCGAACGUUUACGUUGACGUGGAGGAGGAAGAGAAAGAGAAUGCUCUGGUCUAUCACAGUGAGAAGAUUGCUAUUGCUUUUAUGCUAAUUAGCACACCAGAAAGAUCACCAGUUAGAGUUGUGAAGAAUCUUAGAGUCUGCGGAGAUUGUCAUUCGGCGAUCAAACUUGUGUCUAAAGUUUAUAACCGAGAGAUUGUUGUGAGAGACCGUAGCAGGUUUCACCAUUUCAAAAAUGGUUCUUGUUCUUGUCAAGAUUACUGGUAAAUGGUAAUAAUGCACAAAAUAUAUAAAUGUUUCAACCAUAUUUCUCA